AUGGAUACGCAUAUAAACAGCUUGAGUUACUUCAGGAGUCACUGGACAGUCUGGAAGAUACAGGGAAUUGCCUAUAAACAGAUUUAUUGGAGGAAACUAUACUUAUUCUACAGUCUGUUAAUAAUUCUUUUUAUUACCAUUGGAUAUCCAUUACAUCUAGGCAUGUCAGUUUUCCAGAGCGAUAAUCUUCCGGAUGAUCUUAAGAACUUGACGAUCUUUGCCACCUGCCUCGCUUGCUCCCUCAAAAUAAUAAUAUACGCCUACAACUUUGAUAAGGUAUAUAAAAUGGAGCAACUUUUGAGGCAAUUGGACUCACGAGUCAGUGGAAAAGAAGAGACUUACAUAUACAACCAACUGAAAACACAGUUGCGAAAUAUUCUGUUCAUAUUUAUCAGCAUCUAUCUCCCAACUGGUGUUUUCGCGGAGAUGUCAUUUAUUUUUCAGGAUAAGCGGAGACUUAUGUAUCCUGCAUGGUUUCCCUUUGAUUGGCGAAAUUCCACUCGGAAUUACUGUAUUGCCAAUAUAUAUCAGAUUGUAGGCCUAAGCUACCAAAUAUUGCAGAACUAUGUCAACGAUUGUUAUCCCGCCGUUAUGUUGUGUAUAAUCUCAGCUCAUACCAAGAUGCUCUACAAACGCUUUGAACGUAUUGGAAUAAAAGACACUGGAGAUUCUGAGGUCCAAAAGGAACUGGAGGCUUGUAUCACGGAUCACAAACGAUUGCUAGAGCUUUUCCGAACAAUGGAGUCCUUCAUGUCCCUGUCCAUGCUCAUCCAAUUCGCAGUGACUGCUUUGGGUAUUUGCGUUAGCUCUGCGACGUUUAUUUUCUUCGUCACUGACCCUAUGGGUCGAACAUAUUUCUUUUUUUACGGAUUGGCCAUGCCUCUACAAAUCUUUCCCACCUGUUACUAUGGAACGGACACUGAGCUCUGGUUUGGGAAACUUCACUACGCAGCCUUUAGCUGCAAUUGGACCAAACAGAGCCGCAGUUUUAAAAAGAAACUGAUGUUGUUUGUGGAAUGCUCUCUAAAACAGAGCACCGCCAUGGCAGGUGGAAUGGUACGCAUCCAUGUUGCUACCUUUUUCUCCACCCUCAAAUUCGCCUACUCUCUCUUUACUAUCUUACUACGAAUGCAAAAGUAA